AGAAUAUACAACACAGCACGUGCUCCAGAUCCUGUCAUUCGUUUUCUGGACACGAGAUCUAAGUACUCCAAGUUACGUUGAAAAUGAUUUUGGGCUGGGACCAUCGGCAGCUCAGUGCUUGAGUCCGCAAUCCGGGCAUGCCUUUGCCGGGCUCGCCAUUUGCGCCAUCAUCUUCGGUCGCGGGCGAAGGCGAGAUCGUUGUAGCACUUCUCCCACCCGGCAAGCAGGUUCUCUGCAAAUGCACCUAUCAAUACCCUCUGAAGCUCAUUACUCCAGACGCCCACAAAUCUGGCGAUGGCAAACAGGUGACGGUCUGCUUUCUUCUGACUUACGGAGGAGGCUUGGUAGGUGGCGAUCAUAUCAAUCUCAAAGCCGAGUUGAAUGUUUCAACACGAACGGUCAUUGUGACCCAGGGCAGUACCAAGAUAUUCAAGUCACCGACACGGACGGUGGUCAGUCAACAGAUAUUAGAUGUCAAGAUCGGGGCCCAGGCAGCUCUAUGCUAUCUCCCGGAUCCUACUCAGCCAUUUGCAGAAAGCGUCUACGAGCAGAGGCAAACAUUCUACGUUGAACCGGAUGGGUCCAGCAAUUUGUUGAUGCUUGACUGGGUCAGUGAAGGUAGACGAGCACGAGGGGAGAGCUGGACACUUUGGAGCUGGAAAGGCCGAAAUGAAGUCAGGGAGUUUGACAGGCAGUCCAAGGGUCGGCUGUUACUUCGCGAUGCAGUCAUGCUGCAUGAUGGACAUUUUGGAAACUCUGGUCUGGUGGACAAAACCGACGAUCUAGGCAUUUUGGGCACGUUGAUCGUCUAUGGUCCCCUAUUACAGAAGCUAGGUGAAUACCUGAUCAAGCAUUUUGCUCAAGAACCGAGGAUUGGGGCGCAGAAUUGGACGCAGACCGAUGGCAAGUCAACUGGUGAGGCGAACAAGGCAGAAACGGACGCGAAAAGAGGCGAGGUACAGGAUGGGUUGCUUUGGACUGCUGCCAAUGUCCGUGGGUUCGUUCUUGUCAAGUUUGGAGCAAGAGAGCUUGACGGUGCGCGACGCUGGCUGUGCUCACUUCUCAAAGAGGAGGGAACGGUUGAGAAGCUAUUUGGGCAUCAAGCCCUCAUGUGUCUCAGGUGAAAGAUCCUUUCUAUCCAAUGCGUCACUCCAGCUAGCGCAACCACGCGAGUCUUAAGACGGAAAACACAAACUAUUUGCCAAUGGUGCCAAAGAGACGAUCUCCAACGUCGCCUAAACCAGGCUUGAUCAUGCCUUUCUGUGUCAACUCAGUGUCCAAACCUCCGACCCAGAUCUCUGUCGAUUCUGGCCAUUCCUCGGCAGCCUUGAGAACACCAGGCAAUGCACCAAUAACACUAAGGACAAUGAUGUGAUGAACUCCCCAUUCUCUUAAGGUCUGGAUGGCGGCUACUGCGGUGCCUCCCGUGGCAAUAACAGGAUCGGUGAU